AUGAUUCUUACCCAGGCUCAAAUAUGUACCGAGGAAAUUAGCCUUUCAGAUAGUUAUCUAGAUGUUAGAUUGCACAAGGACCACAGUCGCCGUAUAAAGAGAAAAUAUUUUAACAACAAAUCUAUCUAUCUAUCUAUCUAUCUAUCUAUCUAUCUAUCUAUCUAUCUAUCAGUGUCUGUUCAUAUAAUUCUGUCUAUCCCUGCCAAUUUCCACUCUUUCUAUCUCUCUUUUUCUCUCUCCUUCUUUCUCUCUCUCCUUCUUUCUCUCUCCCCUUCUUUCUCUCUCUCUCUCUCUUUCUCUCUCUCUCAUAAAUACACCUACGGUCACCCAUCUGAAUCGCCAUUUCUCUUGUUCUCUUGUUUUAUCUAUCUAUCUAUCUAUCUAUCUAUCUAUCUAUAUAUAUAUAUAUAUAUAUAUAUAUAUAUAUAUAUAUAUAUCAUACUAUAUAUCUAUCUAUCACAUACUAUCUAUCUCAUUCUAUCUAUCUAUCUAUCUAUCUAUCUAUCUAUCUAUCACCUUCUUUGUCAUAGUAAUCUUGUUCACCCACUCUCUCUCUCUCUCUCUCUCUCUCUCUCUCUCUUGGAUUGUGUCUCCGCUCCUCCCUUCUAA